GCCGCGCGCACGCCACCCGCGUCCUAUCCAUUCCACGGUUCGUUUCCACCGCGCGCGCCACGGCGAGCUCGCCAACCCAGCCAGCCAUGGCGGCGGCCGUGUCCGCGUGCAGCUCGCGGUGCCUCCGCCUGAUCCUGGGGCGCCCUCCUCGAGCCCGCCUCGCGUCGGUUGUGGAGGUCGUCGAGAAGAGGAGGAGGGGCGGACUGGUGGCCGUGGCGGCGACGGAGGGGUCGGCGAAGUCGUCGGGGGAGGCGGACGAGCAGGUCCCCUCGUGGGCGCGCCCGGGCUCCGACGAGCCGCCGCCGUGGGCACGCGAGGGCGGCGGCGGCGGGGGCCAGCAGGAGCCCGGCGCCGUCGAGCUCCCCUUCUUCGCCUACCUUCUCGCCUCCGCCAUCACCGCCAUCGCCGCCAUCGGGUCCAUCUUCGAGUACGCGAACCAGCGGCCGGUGUUCGGCGUGGUGAGCCCCGACAGCGCCCUGUACGCGCCGCUCCUAGGGUUCUUCGUCUUCACCGGGAUACCCACCUCCGGAUUCUUGUGGUUCAAGGCCGUGCAGACGGCGAACAAGGAGGCGGAGGAGCAGGAUCGCCGGGACGGCUUCUCGUGACUGAUUCAGCAUAUGAACAUACGCAUUUGCAGAGUAAUUAAAGUUUGUGAAUUACUGCUUGUGAUUCGUGGUGUUAAUUAAGUUGGUGACGCUGAAGAGGGGAGACGGAUCUGCGUAUUGACGCAAUGAGGAGAUGAAUUAGCAAGGAAGAAAUGGCGAUGUUCAAUUGUACAUCACCGAAGGGAGCUAGCUGUUGAAGUGAAAGUGUAAACUCUGCCUUGUAGUUGAGAAAUAUUGAGUGUUUCGAGCGAGUAUAAUUACAGCGAAUUAUCUGAACACUGAAUUAUCGCCACGGAUUAUUUGGUCCAUAUGCAUCUGAGAGAAACUGUUUUCUUAGACCCGCUAUUCUAAUCUACUUUCUCUAUUUCACAAUGUAAGUCAUUCUAGCAUUUCCCA